AUGAUCAAUGAUUUUAGACUGUCGUGGAAUUCCACGCCGUCAUAUCAUGCCGAUAUGCUCAAGGGGCCCCAGGAACAGAAUGUAUGGUUGAGGCAAACGAUUAAGGAACAGGAAAAGAUCAUCAUUAACCUCGCACAACGCCACGAAGAAGUCGCGGGCCAGCUUGAGCAACAUACGGCAAAGGUUGUGUGCAUGCUCAAGGAACAGACAAAGAAGAUUGCCGACCUCGAGCCUGAAAAAGGAGAGCUAGUUCAUGAUCUCAAGGAGCAGACCAGAAUAGCGUCUGUGCUGGAAAAGCGAGAUACAAAGAUGAAGAAAGUCUUCGGUGACACUGCCAGCAUAAUGUUCUUAGAGUUCGAGUAUCAGGAAGAACUGAUCAGCAAGAUGGCACCAAACGACGGGGAGUAUUUUCAGCCAACCCACGAGACCUUAGUGGAUUUGGUUGAAAACAUUGAACAAUGGACAGCAGACGACGAAUGUUCAGAUAUGAUACCGGACGGGUGGAAGUUCGACUGGGUCGGUACUUCCGCUUGGGAGCGUAUCUAA